GAAGAAUAACAAGUUGCCUCUGUGACGUUUUUCUGUGUUUCUUCCGGGUAGACUUGUUUACAGUACAACAUUAGACGAAACGAGCUUUGUGAAUAUGACGGACCAGAAAGCUGAUAAUAUCACCUCUAUCCCCAUCGAUGAGUUCAGCAAUUUAAGAAUUACGUCGAUAUGGACUUUCCUCAUGUCUGUGCAGUGGUCGGAGCCUUGGCUCAUCGGGAUGUUGGUGUUUCAUGUUGUGUGUUUGUUCCUGACUGUGUUGACCUGCAGGUAUUACAAAGCUCAGAUAUGUCUCUUCAUGCUCAUGGCUGGCCUUGUGUAUAGUGCUGAAUAUCUAAAUGAGUUUGCUGCCAUGAACUGGAGGUCCUUUUCUAAUUUCCAGUACUUUGAUUCCAAGGGAAUGUUCAUAUCUUUGGUCUACUCUAUUCCUCUUCUGCUAAACACGGUCAUUAUUGUGAUGGUGUGGGUGUACAGGACCUUUUCAACUAUGACUGAACUUAAAACACUCCAGCUCAAGCGAAAGGCCCGCAGAGAGAAGAGAGAGAAGACUGACUGAUCUCCCGACUUGUAUCCAAACAUGGGCCUCAUUUGGAGGAAUUAAGAAAAAGAAGCGUCUCUGCCAUGCUAAUCCUGAAUUUUGGAAUAGGAAGACAGAUUCCUUCUUGUGACUGUAACAGGAUUUAUCAUUGAUGUUGGUCAGGACUGGUUAAGAAAGAGGCUGCUGAAUAAUCUGUACAUUAUGAGAUUUACAAGGACCAAAGGACAGUUACUGUUUUGUAUAUAAUGUUUUGAAGUGUUUGAAAUGACACAACAAAAAUUAAAAUGUUUUUGACCGAC